CGAAUGAAGAACAAUAUAUAACGAAAAAUAAAUUGCCUCAAAUUACCAUAUUUCUUCGUAGUCGCACCACUUCCCGACUUUCCUUCCCCGAGAACCUUCGAAACCCCAUUUCCCGGCGAUCGGGGCGCAAUCGAAAAGUAGGAAGCUUUCCGGCGCGGGUUAGAUAAUGGAUUUCGAGCUGAGAAGGGCGAGGGAGAAGCUAGAGAAGGAGCAGAAGGAGAGGAAAGACAGAGCUAGAUUGAGACUCGAAAGAGAUAGGAAGGCCAAAGAAGAGGCUCGCAAGCAGCGAGAAGCCCUCGAAGCUGUUCGGAGAUCCCGGAGGCUCGAAGCCGCCGAAGCCCAACUCAAGGCAGAUGAGCAAAUGCAAGAGAAUUUGAUUGCCGGGAGAGGAAUUGUGUUCUCACGUGUGUUAGAAGCUGUAGGUUUCCAAGGAAGUGGGGAUAAGAUCAAAUUGCCCCCUUCUUGUUUCACUGAGUUAUCCGAUCAAGGUGCGUUUGAUAAAGGACCAUUGUACUUCCAGUUAUCUGUGGUUCAUCAUGAAGCUAAUUCAGAAACGAACCAGAAGACAACCCAUUCUGGUGCUUUGGAGUUCACUGCAGAGGAAGGUCAAGUCGGGCUUCCUCCUCAUGUAUGGAGUAACCUGUUUCCCCUAGACAACACUCCUUCACCUGUAAGUGCUUUAGUUGAUGUUCGAUAUGUGUGGUUGCCUAAAGGAAUUUAUGCAAAGCUUCAACCAGAUGUGGUUGGCUUCUCGGACAUCCCUAAUCACAAGGCUGUACUCGAAACGAGCCUCAGGCAGCAUGCUACUCUUUCUGAGGGCGAUGUGAUCACUGUUAAUCACGGGGUAUUAGCUUACAGGUUGAGAGUACUUGAGUUGAAACCUUCCUCGAGUGUCUCGGUUCUCGAGACAGAUGUUGAGGUCGAUAUAGUGGGGUCAGAUUCACCUUUGGAUAGCGCGAAUCAGCAUGUGUUGAAGCAACUGACUUUUGGAGUGUCGGAAUCUGGAAUGGUUGAAGAAGGAAAUUACAAUUACUAUAAGUUCUCGAUUGAUGAUCUCGUCUGGGAGACUGUCUCUUCUGGGGAUGUUAGGAUUGAGGUGAAGAUCGAGGUAGAGACUGGUGAUGGUGAUACCGAUCUUUACAUUUCCAAGCAUCCGCUCAUUUUCCCAAACAGACACCAACAUGAGUGGUCUUCACAUGACAUGGGGUCGAAAGUAUUGAUCCUGAACUCGAAAGACAAGAACUUGGGGGUGGGAACUUAUAGCAUUGGUGUGUAUGGUUUCAAAGGAACCGCUAAGUAUAAGGUUUUAGUGAGUGCACAAGAUAAUAGCACUGUCAAAGUGGGUCAGCAAGCUGGAUCGACGACAUCAUCGGUGAAUGCCGACACUGUUGAGUGCAGAAAUUGCAAGCAUUUCAUACCCAGUAUGAGCAUUGCACUGCACGAAGCUUAUUGCAGCAGGCACAAUCUAGUUUGCCAACAUCCCGGUUGUGGAGUAGUUCUGAGGGUUGGCGAGGCCAAGAACCACGUCCACUGUGACAAGUGUGGGCAGCCAUUCCAUAAGGAUGAAAUCAAUAAGCACAUGAAGGUUUUCCAUGAGCCUCUUCAGUGUGGCUGUGGUGUGGUACUUGAGAAGGAACAGAUGGUGCAACACCAAGCUUCUGUAUGUCCACUGCGGCUCAUCACAUGCCGCUUCUGUGGCGACAUGGUUCAAGCUGGGAAUUCAGCCAUGGAUACGAGAGACCGAUUAAGAGGGCUCUCAGAGCAUGAGAGCCAUUGUGGGUCUAGAACUGCACCAUGCGAUUCGUGCGGUAGAUCUGUCAUGUUGAAGGAGAUGGACAUCCACCAGGUAGCUGUUCACCAGAAGAGCUGAUGUUAUAAUGUAAGAUUUGAGAGAGAAACACUCCGGGGAAGCCAUGUUUUUCUCCGUGUGAUGUAUAGCAAGCCAUCUCAAAUAUAUGAUUCUUGAUUUGAAGUUUCUGGUUGCCUUGGCUUCACCAGUGUUGUGCUGUUGGUGGAAUUUCCCUCUGUGAUAGAUAUAACGAUAUGUAAUAUUGCUUCUGAUUAUUUAUGCUUCUCCAAAACCACCAAGUUUGGAGUUUCCCUUGAGAAAUGGCAUUGAUCGUGUGAUUUAUGUAGUUUUAACAUUCCACUGCAAAUUCAGGCAUUCUCCUGUGCCAG